AUGUUCCUCUCCCAGCUCGGCUACGUGUGGCACUUCUUCUCGAGCGACGACGAGAAGGUGAACCCGGCCUCCGCCGUCGGCUCCCACUUCAUCACGAACAACCUGCUGCACUUCGCCUUCGUCAUGCUCUUCGUCCGCAGCCACUUCGUCUGGGCCGAGCUCAUCCUGAUCAUCAACUUCUUCAACCUGAGCUCGCUGGCCUUCCGCCACCACUCGUAUGCCCGGUUGAUCCACACCUCCGUCGUUGCUGGGCCGUUGGCUUGGACCUUUGUCGCCAUCUACUGGAACGGCGCGAUCAUGGUCCCGCACCAGGGCAGCCUGGUUGCGCGGAUCUUCGCCAACAUCUUUGUCUGGUCCAUCUUGGUCUACGGCCUGUUCUUUCUUGUCGCCUACAAGGACUACACAAUCGGCUUCUGGCUCAGCGUCCUGUCUGCGUCUUUGGGUGUUGCUCAGUUCCAACGCCAGUUUGUCGCAUUCCAGUGGAUCUUUGCCUUCGUCAUCAUGGCCGUGCUGUUCAGCUUGUCGGCAGUCGUGGGCUCCGCUGUGUGGUCGGGCCGCGAGCUCAACUUCGGCAAGAACAAGACGGUGACCCCUGACGCAGAGCGCGCUCCCCUCCUGGCGGAUGAUAACCAAGCAGCCUAA